AUGCAUCCCAAUCUCUUCAUGAUCAUGAUCGGAAUCUCUAUUUUCAGCCACCUUCCUAUGUUUCUGGGUGAAGACAAUGAGCAAUAUGCAGCCUGUGGUGAGUUGUUUGAGUGUGCGAACAUUCAGGGCAUCGGUUAUCCUUUCUGGGGACAAAACCGGCUACCAUACUGCGGCCACCCGCGUUUCAGGCUGAAUUGCCAAGGUGAUGCCCCCAUAAUCACAAUCCUGUCAAUGGAUUUCCGAGUCCUGGCUAUCNUCUGGGGACAAAACCGGCUACCAUAUUGCGGCCACCCGCGUUUCAGGCUGAAUUGCCAAGGUGAUGCCCCCAUAAUCACAAUCCUGUCAAUGGAUUUCCGAGUCCUGGCUAUCGAUAACAAAACGCAAACUCUCACAGUUGCUAGACAGGAUCUGUGGAACAAUAUUUGUCCAAUCUUUCUUUACAACACCACCAUGGAUUUCAACAUCUUUAGCUAUUCAAUCCGCCAGCGGAACAUCAGUCUUCAUUACGGGUGCCCCAGAGUUCCAGUAAGCUUGCAAAAUCAAUUUGAUUGCAAUGUGAACAACACCCCCAGUUCUAGUUAUUUCACAAUGGAAGAAACACUCGACUUUUUCAUCAACAAUACCGCAAUGACCUGCAAUAGCAAUGUUAUUGUUCCGGUUAAUGAGACCUCGACUGAGAUAUUGUCAAGCGAUUCGUCUACGACAAAUAAUCUAACAGCAGCUCUUGACGGUGGUUUUCAGUUGCAGUGGGAUGCGAAUAAUAUGUACUGCACCCAGUGCAACGAUUCUGGUGGGCGAUGUGGGUCUGACUCAAGCAACACAUCCUUUGCUUGCUAUUGUUUAGGUGGAUCAUAUGCUCGCACCUGUCGUAAUACGGAUCAAACUGGAAAGGGUAUGUGUCUCUAAUCUUGUGGUUAGUCUUAUUUUGAGUUCAAGUAGGAAUUAGUUGAAAGUUAAGCUGCUAAGGCACAGGAUCAGUUCAGAUUGUUGGCUGGACAUUGGUCUAGUCCUCGAACUUCUUAUGCCAUAUAGACAACAUUGUAUUGUAGAUCAAAUUGGAGGGCAUCUGAUUUUCAAGUUCUCUGACUUGGAAACACAGGCCCUGGAAUUUGCCAGAACUUGGCCUGGUUUUGAGGAUUGCAUCUAUGGGUGUAGAUAGUAUGCAAUCCAAUUAGACCAAGUUAAUUUGCAUCUUGACUUGGAAGGAUGGCAAUUUUGAUGUUUGGGGAAUGGUUUAGAGACUCAACUUGUGUCUGACACAAAUCUGCACUUUUUUGUUCCAAAACUACUCUGCACUGUGUAUACCACGAGUUUCACUCGACUUGUAAUUGACACAAAACUAUUUUAGUCAACUCGUAUGAAUCAUCAUCAUCUACUCAAAGUAUCAGCAUUCCGACGCUGUGAUACCUGAAUCCAUCAUUUACUAUGUCCAACUUCUUCUUUUAUUCAUUAGAUUUAGUUCCAUGAUAUUGUAAUCGAUACGUCCCUGUGCCUUCCGAGUUGAAAACACCAGAUCUUGAACCAUCCUUGUAAAGGCAGUGGAGUUGCUUGGGUCUGUUUCUGAGCCCUAUGUGAACAUUUUAGAAAACACCCUCAAGUACCAUGGGGUGUUAAAAGUCCUGUCUGAUCAUACUCUACCGUGCACCAUUAGUUCCUAUCCUUGUUUUCUAGUCCAACCCUUCAACUCCUAGUGCUUAGCUUCAUCACCUCAAAAUCAGGGUUUAUACACUAAUCAAUUCUCCUUACUGCUGUUAGCAUGUUCCUCUUUUAGCUGACUAGUCAACCAACCGGCCUAAAUGGACAUUUUACGGGCCUUAGUUGGGUUUUAUCCUUUAUUAUGUGGAUUGAAUGUAAACUCCGGAAAAGUUUAAAAACCAUAAGCUAUGAUACUAAAGUUGAAAAUUUGGUUUAAAAUAUAUAAUCAAAUAUAUGAAUGUGGACAAAUUAUAUCAAUACAGGAUUGUGAUUGAGAUUUUAGAGUUUUUGAAUGUCAAUGGUCUCACUUUAAGUAUCAACAAUUUCCUUUUAAGGGUAGUUUUUUUUUUUUUUUUUUUUUUGUCGUUAGUAAGGAUUGUGCCUUUAAUCUCUUAAUCAAUAGAAUUUUAUGAGAAUCGAGGGAGAUUAAAUAGAUUAAGCUCAAUUAAUUAGUUUUUGAGUUUCAUUUUUGUUAAGUUUAACGGUCAGGAGUGUUUGGGUCAACUGACGCACAACUCGACUAAUUUACUCCCCAGUUUAGUCAAAGACAAGUUAUUUACGCAGAAACAUUCUUAUGGUCUGAUCUCAAAAGUUUAUUAAAAUUUGAAUUCAGCACGUUUAAAUUUACAACUCGUCUAAAUUAGCACUUGAAUUAACCUUAGAAUUAAUUAGAGUUUCAUAUAUAAUGCAAGGAUCAUCAUGAUUAUUCAAGCUUAAGCAAAUCUUAAGUUAACAUAUUUUCUUCAUGGCUUGAGGAAUAAAUUGUUUAGGUUAGUCAACAAGUCGAAUAGAAGACCCAAAGGAAACUAAUAUAUUAAGAUUUAUGAAGAUAUUUGUGAAGGAAAGAGUCCAUUAAGUCAAAAUUGGUGGGCAAAUAAAGUUAGCGACCCGGAGAAUUAGUGUCUUUGUCCUCAUGUCACCGUCUUAAUUAAGGUUCGGUGCCUAUAAAUUGUAAGUUUUUUCUACAUGAGAUGACACCACUUUAUACCUCUAAAUACCUCUUGAGAUCUCUUUACACCUCCCUACACACACAUAAUUUCUCUCUCAUAACUAUUGUAUCCCUCUCAAAGCUAAUUAUUGCUCUCUCUCUCGAUCACCAUACUUUAUCAAUAAAAGUUCUCCGGCCACUGUUGUCGUUUCCUGGUGUGGAGUAGGUCACCCGAAUCGAACUAAUAUAUAUUUAUGUGUUGACUCGAUAUUUACAUUAUUUUUAUUGAUUGUUCUAUUAAUUGUCCAUUAAUUACACUUUAUCACACACUCGACUAUUGAUCUUGUACGAGAUUAUUUUGUGCAUCAUCAGGUUCAAUUCAAAACUAAGACUCGUCCCAAACGCAAGGUCAAGGUUUAGUACGACGCGCUUCGGUUAUUAUUCUGUGUCAGAAAGCUUCUUAUUCACUCGCCCGAAUGCGAGAAUGGUUUUUGCAUAUGCACAUUUGCAUGCUGCUCUCUUUGCUAGUCCACAUCCGAUCCCAAAAAACAAAAAUUUAUCUGCACAACCCUGAUCAGUUUGGGUUGUUUUAUAAGUUGGACAUGUUUUAAAUGUUUGCUUAUCUAGUGAAAAAAUUCGACCAUGCAAAGUAAAUUACCUCACUUUUAUUCUUAUGAAAUGCUGAAAUAAUUUUGUUCGGACUGAAAUUGAUUGCAGGAAAAACCCACUUGAAAUCAAUUCCUGUCGCGGUGAUUGCAGUCGCUUUUGCUGUUGGGAUUGGCAUUUUAGUAGCUACAGUCUUCUGCUUC